AUGUGCGAUGUUCAAAUACUUCUUUUCUCGAUUCCCGUAUCUAAAUCACAGGAUUUAUCUGAACAGCUCCUUCGUGGCACCGAUUUUUUACACUCCCAUCGUAUCAUCCAUCGUGAUUUAAAACCGGCCAAUAUUUUGAUCGAUCGUGAGGGUCGUCAGUUGAAAAUCACAGAUUUCGGAUUGGCUCGCGUCCUAGGCUGGGAAGCGGCCCUAACCCCGGUUGUGGUUACUCUGUGGUAUCGAGCUCCGGAAAUUCUUGUUCAAUCGGAGUAUCUCUCCCCGUGUGAUAUUUGGGCAGCUGGUUGUAUCAUUGCUGAAUUAUUCAAUUUGAAACCGUUGUUCGCCAAGGACAAUGAAUUGGCAAUGCUUGUUGUGAUUCUACAAACACUCGGUUUUCCGGCGGACUGUGAUUGGCCUGCUUUGUCAUACUUGAAGAAGUCAGAUUUUCUCUCCGUGGGUCAGAAAACCAAUCUGCGUAAGGCCAUCCAUACCACAGAUUCUGCUGCACUCGAUCUUCUGGAGAAUGGCGAUGCGUUGCCAUCGUGCCCCACGUAUUCCAACUCGCACAUGACAGUAGCACAUAGAACCAAUCUAGAACCGGUAAACUCAAACGAUUCGGAUCGACAACAGCAGGAGAUAAUGAUUUCUGUGGUCAAGCAUGCUAUUGAUGAAGAGGCGCUGCCGGUUAAUUCGUCUUGGUCUGCUCCGUCUUCUCUUGCUGGUGUUUCUCCCAACGCGACAAGUUUACCUGUCCGGCGUCCAGUCACACGUCAGCAGACCAGGGCAGCUCGACGCUACACCCAACCAACUGUUUCUGGUGUACCAAUGCAUACAUCGAAUUCUGUGGUACCAUCGACUUCCAUCCCGCUCACCGCAGUGGCAGAACACGGUACCAAGCAAUCUCAAGAUAAGCCAGUUCGUGCUCAACGACAACGAAAAACUGCUAGACGUCGUACAGUGAUCGGUGUAGGAAAUGUAAGUGGCAUGAAUGAUGUCCUAUGCCUCUGUCGUGAACUAGUUACCCAAAUCUGUUUUUCCCUCGUUUGCUUUUUCAUUCACUUUUUUGGUUGCUGCUAA